GAAUCAUGCUUGGAUAAUAGUUUGAAAUCAGGAAGCUUAAAAGAAAAACACAUAGAAAAAAGGACAAUUUUUGACUAAGAAUACACCGUCUGCCAGUGAAAACCUAGCUUAAUUCUGUGUCCUGGUUUUGGCUGGGACAGAGUUAACUUUCUUCUUAGUCUGACUCCUGCAAUCUGUUCCCUUCCUUAGGCUCUUUUUGCUUGCGAUAGAGACCCUCCCACCUCCAGCAAUCAGCUUGGAAGUCCUUAAAAGACUAACAAAAAAGGGAGAAUAACUGAUACGUGAAAACAAACAACUGAUUUGUGGCAAGAAUUAGGACAAGGAGAAAAUACCUAACAGAAUAGCUCAUUAUCAUCUGCUGGUUGCAGUAGAGGGAGGCUCUGCUUUGUCAUUUUCCUGGAGCUCUGCACGAGCCAAAGGCAAUGUACCGAUCUUAAAUUGCCAAGAUGCCUGUCAAUGUUGAUGAUGUGGUUCAACUGCUCUGCCAUAUCUCUCAGCUGAAGCGGAUGAAAGCUGCUGUCAAAGGCUCUCGUGCAGGAGCACUGCUGGUAAUUCCAACAGCAUUACUUGGGGGGCUGAUGGCAGGUCCACCUGGAAUUGCUGUAGGAGGAGCAUGUGGUGGAUUGAUUGGUGCCUGGAUGACCGCUGGAAAGUUCAAGCCAGUCCCUCAGAUUUUAUGGGAGUUGUCUCCUGCUGAGAAGAAGAAACUCUAUGAUAAAGCCAUAGUUAUUCUGAGGAACAUACACUGGACUGAUAUUGCCCAGCUGACAGAUCUUGUAAUGAGUAAUUAUGAUUUCCAGCAGAAGCUGUUAACUCUACUGACAAAUUAUCUCACCAAAGACCUAGGGAUGAAGAUACAGUACUGACAAUAAAGCUUUCCAGAACAGGCUUUUUACAGUGGAAUGAGUUUCACUCUGACAAUUGUGAUUCUUUGACAUAGCAAUUAAUAAAUAUCAAUACUAAUUAUGAAUGAAGGCAGAACUACAUAUUAUUUUGGGUUUGCAGUUUUGCUUCUCUUACACUAAUGUAUCACUGGUUAAAAUUUUCAAAUCUUUGUGUUUUAGUGAGGAGAUUUCAUCCUCUUUGUGGUAGUGCUGUGAAUUUCUUCUGUGAAUGAUAUCUAGGUGCCAAAGUAGUCGGAGUCGGAGCACUUUGAAGACUUUUACCUACUCUCUGUUUCAGUCCUGGAAAGGACAGUUCCAGGAAAGUACGUUACUGUACUGUGAACUCAAAGAUGUCCAUCCUUACCUUAAUCUUUGUCCCAUUUCACUUGUAA